GCGCCCUCUAGAGCUCGUUGAGAAGUUACGUAAACAAAUCAAAAUGGCAGCCUCCAGGAUCCCACCAAAAGUGAUGAGUUUGAAACAGUUUAUGGUACGUCAGCAGGUGAUUUCACUUUACCGAGAUGUGUUCAGAGCUUUGCGUGCAAUGCCAGAUGAUGCACAAAAGAAAGAGGUCAAGGCUUGGGCAAAGGAAGAGUUCCGCAGGAAUCAACAUCACACAGACGAGAUGGUGAUCAAAAUGAUGCUGACCCAAGGCAAGCAAUCUCUACGGGAGCUCCAAAAGACUGUCAACAUGGCCAGGUGAUGAUAACUGACCUCAAAUGACCUUUAACCUGUUUGCUACUGGGUUUUCCAUAUUCAGCUAGAAUUAAUACACAAGCCAUCUGAAUCUUGUAGGCAAUGGGUUAAAUUUGGGUUUGUGAAUCUAUGUCAAUGAAGCAGACCUGCUGAAGAGAGAUUGGAAACCUGGAAACCAUGAUUCGGUCAGGAACGGGACUUCAGAGUCUUGCUGUUCAAGCAAGAGUGUUGCUGCAAGCUUUAUGAAGAAGAGAUUGCUUGUGGAUGGUAGUUUCGAUGAAUAUGAUGGAAUUAUGGAUCAUGGAUGAUGUCAAAAAGAUUUGAAGAUGACUGUAGAGAAACUUACACAGAAUUUGAUGAAGUCUGUGUGAAUGUCUACUACAUGCACCAAACCCCAGAUGAUCUUUUUUAUCCAAAGAUGCAUGAUUAAAGAAGAGCUUUAUUUCAGAUAGUAAAAUAAAUUGAGUUUUCUUCAUCAGGCAUAUAACAAGCUAUUCCAUAAAUCUCCUGCCAGGCAAACCCUUAUACGACCUUCUUCCUUAAUAGAUUUGUUUUGUUUGAACAUUAAAAAGCCCUUCUUUUUUAUUGUUUGUUUAUUAAAUGUGUUAUUGCUUUCUGUCUGAAAGCGGAGGGAGGGUGGGAUUACAUUGUAGCCUUUCCCGUGAUUCACGACCAUGAUUGAAAGGGUACACUUUACUGAAUAGGCCUUUCAUGUUAUGUAGGAAGUAAUUAUAGACAAAACAACACAAUGCAUGUCCUGGCCAAGUUUAUUGCUUAAUCCUUGUAUUGACCAAUGUUUUCAUUGGACAGGAAGUUCAUUAGAGUGCCAUCCUGAUAUUGUGAAUGUGUAUAACAAUAAAGCCUGUAUAGGUCUACAUGCAGCAUUUUGUCUGUACAAUAAGCAUUUGCCACUCAAUUUUUGAUGUGUUCUUUUUUUCCAUGAUGGAUAAAGAAAUUAAAUGGUAAAAUACCUUUGAGGUUAUACUUAUCUAAUCUUAUUAUCAUACCCUUUAACUUUUGUUAAAUUCUCAAAUUUUGAUGGAAAUUGUUCUACCGGUAUACUGAUGUUUUUGUGGGGUUUUUGAAAUAUGAAUCAGGAAGCAUAUAAUGAACAGUUACUUCUCAAUUCUAUCUUGAGACAUGUUGAUAGUUUUGAUAGGAAUACUUAUACUCAUAGCAAUUUAUAAUUCAACCAAAGAUACUCAUAUUUUUAGAUUUAUACUACCAAAAUAGUUAUAAAUUAGUUCAAAAGGAUUGUAUUAUUAUUUACGUGUACUACUUUUGUGUAUGUCUGUUUUUUCAAGCAUCAGUUAUUGUGCAAAAAAGAAGUCACAAUUCAGUUCUUAUAACUACAAAUCAAAUGAAAUCAAAGCAAUAAUGGUUCCGGGGGUUGACUGGUGCAGGAUUGGUCAAGUCCAUUUCUCAAAAACUUUAUCAGAAUUGUUAUCUUCUCUUAUAGUUUUAUCCCAUAGUAGUAGCAGUUUUUUCCUAUGUAAAUAAAGUAGAACUAACAAGACAAGAUAUUGCUAUGUACAAAAUGAUGUUUAAUUUCAAAUUAUCAAUGCAAAUAAAUAGUAUACUUGAUGAAGUUUAAAGAUAUUUAAGACUUUUAAUAAAUUUAUACUUUUGACAAUCAUA